UUUCUACUUUUUUCUUGUAAUUUAGACGUUUUUUCCUGGUAAUUCUACUUCCUGUCAUGUCUCGGUGUCGUGUGUUCUCAGUGGCUGGUGUUUGUGUUUCUGACUCCAGUUUGAGGUGAAGAGGAAGAUGAUGAACCAACAGAGGUCUUCGUCACUCUGGGUCUUCCUCAUGGAGUAAAACAUGGCUGCCGUGCUGCGACAGGGAGGGAAACCAGACGUCUCACUCUCUGGGAGUUCUGGGAAUAAACCGUACAACGUGUUGCUGUGAAGCAGGAUUGGGGUUUUUGUUUGUUUUUUUACUCUCUGGGAUCAGAUCUGAGAUGUUCCUGAUUAAAAAGUGAUUAUUAUUAUUAAUAACCAGCCCUGGAGUCGAGGAUGGAGCAGGAUUUCACACAGUAGCUCGUCUGGUCUGUCUGAUCCGGACCAACGGGAGCCUGAACUCUGUCUGCUCCGCAUACAAACACACAAACUACAAACAUGGCCGCCACAGGAAGGAGGCACCUGGUCAGAGACUUUAACCACUUCAUCACCUGCUACCUGUGCCGAGGUUACCUGAUCAAACCCACCACCGUCACCGAGUGCCUGCACACCUUCUGUAAGAGCUGCAUCGUGCAGCACUUUGAGGAGAGCAACGACUGUCCCAGAUGUGGCAUCCAGGUCCACGAGACCAACCCGCUGGAGAUGCUCAGGUUGGACAACACUCUGGAGGAGAUCAUUUUCAAGCUGGUUCCUGGACUCAGAGAAAAGGAGGAGCAGCAGGAAGUGGACUUCUGGAAGAAGAACCAGCCAAGAGAGAACGGCCAGGCAGAGAGUGUGAGGUGUCAGCGUCUCGGCCUUCCUCCUGAUGUUGGCGGUGACUACGGCGGUGACGGCGGGGACGAUGACGGCGAGGACGCCGGCGAUGACGACUACCACCGCAGCGACCCGCAGAUCGCCAUCUGCCUGGACUGCCUACGCAACACGGCCCAGUCAGGGGAGACCUCCGUCACGGACCUGAUGAAGAGGUUCAUCCGCUGCUCCAGCCGAGUCACAGUGGGAACAAUUAAGAAGUUUCUCAGUCUUAAACUAAAGCUGCCGAGCUCCUACGAGCUGGACGUGCUGUGUAACGGAGAGAUCAUGGGCCGAGACCACACCCUGGAGUUCAUCUACAUGACCCGCUGGAGGCUGCACGGAGACAACGUUGGACGAUGGCACAUUUCUGUCAUGUGACGCCUCGACAGAAUAAGAGAAUCCCUGAGGAGUGUCUGACAGGUGAACAGAGAGCAGACAGGGCAGGAUAAUACAGAGUCUGCAGGCAGAACGAGGAGCAGCGACUUCCUGCUGAGCUCACACUCACUGUUGUUCCUUUUUUUUUUCUUUUUUUUGAGGCAUGAUGCAGCAAAAUGCAGAAAGCCUGAGGAGAUGACAGCAGCUGUAGUCUGCUGCAGCGGCAACCUCCAGCUGCUGCCACAAACAGGAGACAGACUGCAACAACAAGAGGCACACUCUCCACUCUGCAGCUGCCUCUUUUACUUCCAAUCUAUUAUGAAAAGGCCAACUCAAAUCUUUGACUCUUUAAAAUGUCUCCAGCUGAAGGAGGCAGGAUGAUGUUUCUGUUAUUCAGACGGGUUACUGAGACUCAGGGCCACAAACAGGCCCACAAAAAGACACUAAAUUACCAAAAAGAAACAUUAAAUCACCAAAAGAAACAUUAAAUUACCAAAAGAAACAUUAAAUUACCUAAAAAAGACACAAAAUCACCAAAAUAAGCAUUAAAUUACAAAAAUAAAGAAAUUAAAUUCCCAAAAAAAACAAAACAAAAAAACAAAAAAUUAACCAAAAAACACAAAAUUACCAAAAGAAGACACAAAAUUACUGAAAAAAGACACAAAAUUACCAAAAUAGAUAUUAAAUUACCAAAAUAAAGACAAGAAAUUACCAAAAAAAGAGACAAAAUUUACAAAAAAAGACACAAAAACACCAAAAUAAACAUUAAAUUACAAAAAUAAAGAAAAUAAAUUCCCAAAAAAAACAAAACAAAAAAACAAAAAAAUAACAAAAAAACACAAAAUUAACAAAAGAAGACACAAAAUUACUGAAAAAAGACACAAAAUUACCAAAAUAGAUAUUAAAUUACCAAAAUAAAGACAAGAAAUUACCAAAAAAAGAGACAAAAUUUACAAAAAAAAGACACAAAAUUACCAAAAGAAGACACAAAAUUACCAAAAGAAGACAGGGUCUGAGGAGUCAGGGUCGGGGGUAUUUGCGGCAGUAAAAUAGUUUUUGGUAAUUUUGUGUCUUUUUGGUAAUUUUGUGUCUUUUUUUGGUAAUUUUGUGUCUUUUUGUAAUUUUAUGCUUUUUUGGUAAUUUUGAGUUUCUGUUUUGGUCAUUUACAUCUUUUUUGGGGGAAUUUACGUCUUUUAUUGGUAAUUUGUGUCUUCUUUUGGUAAUUGAAUGUUUCUUUUUGAUAAUUUAAUGUUUCUUUUUGGUAUUUUACGUCCAUUUUUGGUAAUUUUGUCUUUUUGGUAAAGAAAGUGACACUUGUUGACUUGUUUCUGACUCGUGGCAUUGUGGCAGCCCAGGGUUGAGAGGUGGUCUGGGGUAUUUGUGGCAGUAAAACGUUUAAAAUAGUUCCAGUUUGAGAAGCUGCAGCUGACUAACCUCCAUAUACCGCCAAUGAGAAAUCCAAUCUGAAGUCUAAUUUUCAUCGCUGUUGAUGAAAACUUGUUGUUGUUUAUAUCCUGAUGAGUUUUCUCAGCAUAUGUUUUGAUGAAACCCAACACUGAUGGCUGAACUACCUUCAUGUGUAAUGUUUCUAUUAAAGGAUGAUGUUCUGUGAUAUAUUCUGGAGGACGGACAAGAUGUUGGUGGUGUAAAGCGAGAACAGAGUUAGCAUCCUGAGUCACGUGGUGACGUUUAGGAAACCAGUGUUGGGAACUUUGAAUAGGAAAUGUGUAAUAGUAACUCACUAUUUGGUCCAAACAGUAACCGAGUUAGUAACUGAAUUACUCUAUAAUAAAAGUAACUAGUUACCCAAAUAAUUCAUAAAAACCCGAACAAAACUCGAAACUCAAAUCCCUGCCAACCAGUUAAAACCACGACAAAUACCACUUUGUGCAUUCAAAACUUACUAACGAAAUAAAAGUACAAGUACUAAAAGUAUGCCCUUUUUUGUAAUUUAAUGUCUCUUUUUGGUAAUUUUGUGUCUUUGUUUUGGUUAUUUGCAUCUUUUUUUUUUUGUAAUUUUACAUCCGUUUUUGGUAAUUUUGUGUUUCUGUUUUGGUCAUUUACAUCUUUUUUGGGGAAUUUACGUCUUUUAUUGGUAAUUUGUGUCUUUUUUUGGUAAUUUAAUGUUUCUUUUUGGUAUUUUACGUCCAUUUUUGGUAAAGAAAGUGACACUUGUUGACUUGUUUCUGACUCGUGGCAUUGUGGCAGCCCAGGGUUGAGAGGUGGUCUGGGGUAUUUGUGGCAGUAAAACGUUUAAUAGUUCCAAUUUGAGAAGCUGCAGCUGAUUUGCAUCCAUAUACCGCCAAUGAGAAAUCCAAUCUGAAGUCUAAUUUUUUUUACAUCUAUUUUUGGUCAUUUUGUCUUUUUGUGUCAUUUUUACACCUAUUUUUGUUAUAUUUGGUACAUUUUCUUUCUAUUUCGAUAAUUUUGUGUCCAUUUCUGGUCAUUUUUUUGUCAUUUUUAUGUCUUUUUUAAUCAUUUUGACAUCUACAGUCAUAGAAACAUUCUUGAUAAUAACCAAAAUCAUCAUCAAUAAAACCAUGUUAAAUGUCUAGAUAUCAGCUCUUAAAUUAAACUCUUAUCAGAUAUUGUUGUUGUUAUCAUUAUUAUAUUAUAUUAUAUAUAAUAUAUUAUUAUAUAUUAUUAUUAUUAUUAUUAUUUGUCCAAACAAAUGAACCUUUAGUUGAACCAGACAUUAAAAUGAACCAGAAACUGAAGAAAACAAGAGUCUGAUAAUGUUUCCCUGCCUCUAUGUUAGUGUGUGUGUUUGUGAUAUCUGUUCUUUCACCUUUUAAAAACGUUCUAAAGUGUUUAAUAAGUGACAGUGUGAACAGGAAGUUCCUGCUUCAGUGAUUCAGUUGAUCUGAUUAUUCUGCAGCUCCACACACACACACAUUCAUUUAUUCAUUCUCUCU